CCCGUGUCAAGGCGGUGUCAGAGGUGUAUCAGCGUCUGACACCGGUGUUGGCCCAAACCUCGAUUUUAUGUCGAUUUUCGCUGCGUGUCAAACCCGUGUUUGAGGGUGCGCGUCGGUGUUUGGCUGACACACCUCCGGAGCUGUGUUCCAGGCCUUGACACCAGUGUUUAGCACUGAUCAGUUGGUUAUCUGUUGUUGUUUACAUUUGUAUACGAGGUUCUACAAUGGCAGACGAUUUGCUAUUUCACAUCGAACUCGAGGAUUUGCUGCUCAACCACCCUCAUCGUAGGCCCAGAAUCUUUCGGCGUCGACCAAAUUAUUUUGAAGAGUACAGAGAUUUUGAAUUUCUCAAAAGAUUUCGGCUCUCGAAAGAGACUGUCCAAGUUUUGAUCGCCGAAAUUGGACCUCAAAUCGCCCCUACUGUAUACAGGAACCAUGCAAUCACUCCGGCAGAAAAAGUGCUACUGACUCUGCGGUUUUAUGCGACAGGCAGCUUUAUUAUUGUCAGUGCGGACUUCAUGGGUAUAAGUGUCUCACGGGGAUGUGAGAUCAUUCAUGAGGUUUCCCAUCAAAUUGCUCUACUCCGACCCCAGUAUAUAUUCAUGCCCCGGAAUGAUGAUGAAAUCCUCACAAUUCAAAGAAAAUUUUAUGAGCUUGCCCGCUUCCCGAAGAUCGUUGGGUCUAUCGACUGUACCCAUGUCAGAAUUCAAUCACCAGGUGGAAAUCAAGCAGAAGUUUAUCGAGGUCGUAAAGGCUACUUUUCAAGGAAUGUUCAAGCCGUCACUGGACCUGACCUAGAAAUACAAGAUAUUGUAACCCGUUGGCAAGGAUCAGCCCAUGACCAAACCAUAUUUGAUGAUUCAAGCAUUAAGGAACGCCUCGAGGGUGGUGAAUUUGGUAGCAAUUUCAUUGUAGGUGAUUCCGGGUAUGUAUGUCGCAGUUACAUUAUGGUACCUCUCCCGGAACCUGCAAAUGGAACGGUUUGGGGUGUAGGAGAACAAUUAUAUAAUGAAUCAUUAAUUCGCACCAGGAACAGCUCGGAAAGAGCUUUUGGAGUUUUGAAACGAAGAUUUCCUAUUUUAGCAAAAGGAAUUAGUGUUCGAAAUGAAAAAGUUGAUGCAAUUAUUGUUGCAUGCUCUGUGCUCCACAACCUGGCCCUCCGUCGCAAUGAGGACGAACCUCCUAAUGACCCAGAAGUUGAUAUCCCUGAAGAAGAUGACACUCCGGAAGAGGUGAGAGAAAAUACACGGAGGCCGUAUGUGUAUGAAAGGGAGUUUUUAAUAACGCAUUGGUUUGCUAAUCUACCACUAAAUAACGAUUAGUUCUCACUAAGAAAAUUUUACCCAUCUGAACGGAGUUCUGAUAUUCUUAAUUUUUUCCUGAAUAGUGAAUAUGAAAACAUCACAUGUGUCUUCCAGUUGUCUUGUGCAUGUACCCCAUUCAGUUAUAAAUCCACCCCAUCACUGUUUGUACAAGUGACCAGCUGAUGGAAAGUGGAAGGAAGUGGCACUAAUAUUAAGAUUUUUUAACAAUUUAUUGUUAUCAAUAAGUGUAAUUUGUAAGUAUUUUUCUAAUUUUUUCAUGAAAGUAAUUGUUUAAUUUUUUAAAAGUAAUAAAGUAUUUAUAUCAUCCAUUAAUUA